UUGCUUUUUCCGAUUGGAAGUGUCGUCAGAAAAUACCACGAUUAUAUAUUCAUUCUUUCGUACGGUUUCGAUUGAUUUGAUUUUAUUGUUUUGAAGGUGCGUUGAACAGUUUUAUAAUUUUUGCGAAUCACCCAGAGCUGCUGUUGUGAUAUCUACAGAAAGAUUUAUACUGCCAAAAUGCCAGACAAUACAGUUGCCCAAUACCAGGAGCAGCAGGUGAAAAAAUUGAAAAGGUUCUUGGAAGGUUGGCGAAUGGCUGUUAUUCCAUUAAAGUCCAUAAUUUUGUGGGAACAACAAUGGCAUCCUUGUGCUAUAGUUGGAUCUGUUUCUUUUCUAUACUUUCUUAUUUGGCUGAUGGACCUAAACUCUCUUGCAACAUUCGCUGUUGUUGGCUUAUUCCUGAAUUUUGUGGACUUCAUAGUACCUGUGGUCUGUAAUUCACUCUAUGGAUCAACUUCUUGGACAGGACAACACGAGAAAAUGUAUGAAGAUAUUUGCAAAAGCAUUGUAGCGAACUACAAUAAAGGCUUGCAUAAUAUCCAACAAUUCUAUUCAUUGAGAGAAACCAGCCCAUGCAUGUACUACAUACUGUCCAUCAGCUUGCUGGUGACAUUUGCAUGGAUUGCAUCAUCCAUAAACAACAUAUUCCUGUUAUACAUGGUGUCUUCUGCCAUGUUGUUGUGGCCCGGAGUGCGGAACAGAGGCAUUUUCAACACCCUCUUGUCAAUGGUCAACAUGGGACCAAAAUCUAUUAAAUCUGAAUAAAACAUUUUUUUGCUGUAAUGAGUGUGUGUUUACCUAAGCAGGAAAGUACCAGCUGGAGUAAUAUGAGUGGCAUGGCUUUUUGGCAUUAAUUCCGAGUAAAAGAUAACUAUGAAAAAGAAAUUCUAAAAGAAUUAUAAAAAUGUAUAUGGGCAGAUUGCCUCUAUUUCUGCAAAUUAGUGCACCAAAAAUAAAAUUUAAUUACAAAAUGGUGCAAUCUUUAAACAUUAAAGAUGUUUGCAUUCGCUCAUAUCACUUUAGGUGCUACUUUUUUUGCUAGGGUAAUGUACGCAUAUUGAGUAGCUUUUAAUAUUUAAUGUGAUUGGUCUGGUCAUAAGUUUUAAGUUAAGCUUAGCUUAUUGUGAGCUUUAAAUUACUGUGUAUGUGUGAUAUUAUACUUUAUGAAAAUAAACAGCCAAAGCCUGA